AUGCCAAAAACUAUUAGUGGCUGCUAUACCUCGGGUUGGGAGCAUGCGAACAAGUCUAGAUAUGCCAAAAACUAUCAGUGGUUAUUAUACCUCGGGUUGGAAGCAUGCGAACGACCUGGCACGGGUGUUUUGAAAGCGUUGGACAAGAGAGUACCUGCCAACCCUCGAAGCUCGACAGAAGUGGUUGCACAGAGCACGGUCACUGAAGGUUGGGGACGUUAUUCUGAUGGCCGACGAAAAGCUACAAUGCAACAACUGUCACUGGGUGUAGUCAAAGAAAGCCACACAUAUUCAGACGGACUAGUAAGAACAGUGAAAUUGGAAACCUGUGCCGGUGAACAGGUGCGCGAUAUUCGGCGAGUGUGUUUAUUGUAG